UUUUGUUUUCUUUUCUUUUCUCGAGAAUAUUUGAUUGCUGUGAUUCAUGAAAUUCUAGAGAAGCGGGCUGGCUCUCGACUUCAUUUGAUACUUUAUUUUUAUAUGAGAAUGCGUGUCAAUUUUUAUUUUUAGGGGUUUUUCCAGAUCCUUCUGUUGUCUUAAUAUCUAAUUUUGACUUGAUUUAAAUCACUCACCUACUCUUCUUUUCUCCUCCAAAUUAUUUUUUUAAAAAAAACUCUCCUCUAGAGUGACCAGAUAUAUAAUCAAAGGCGUUUUUUAUCGGAUUUGUGGUUUUGCUCUUUGGAUAGUCGAAGAAGAAGAUCAUUUCUCAAGCUCAAAGCUACUGCUUUUCUUUCUAGGUUUCUGAAGUAGAGGAGAAAGAGAAAAUGGAUGAGGGAAUUGGAGAAUCGAGGUAUUGGUGUCAUAUGUGUUCACAAAUGGUGAAUCCCAUCAUUGAAGUAGAGAUCAAAUGCCCAUUUUGUCAAAGUGGGUUUGUUGAAGAAAUGGGCACUCCUACUAGUAACAACAAUCAAGACCACAACAUCCCGGAUUCUGAUUUUGGAUCUGACCGUGCCCUCUCGCUUUGGGCACCUAUCUUGCUGGGUAUGAUGGGUCAUUCACGUCCACACCAUCGGAGAUUCAGGAGACCGGAAUUUGAAGAUGAUGAUAAUGAUGGUGGUAAUAAUGAUAAUGACCAUGAUGAGUUGGAUGGCGAGCCUGAUUCCAUUAUGACUAGGAGAAGAAUGAGAAGAACUCCAACUACUUUUUUGCAGUUGUUUCCAGGAAUUCGAGCCGGAUUGGAUUCUGAGAGUAAUGAAUAUGAUAGGGAUAGAGUUAGGGAUAGAGAUAGGGAUAGGGAUAGGGAUAGGGAUAGGGAAAGGGAACGAGAGCGCUUGAUUUUGAUCAAUCCUUUUAAUCAGACUAUCAUUGUUCAGGGUUCUUAUGAUGGUCACAACCAGAAUCAUAAUCAUGCUACCAUUGGAUCACUAGGUGAUUACUUCAUUGGUCCUGGCUUGGAUUUGUUGUUGCAGCAUUUGGCUGAAAAUGAUCCGAAUAGAUAUGGGACACCACCGGCACAAAAGGGGGCUGUUGAAGCAAUGCCUAGUGUGAAGGUUAUGGAGACAUUGCAGUGUUCAGUAUGUUUGGAUGAUUUUGAGAUUGGUAGUGAAGCCAAGGAAAUGCCUUGUAAGCAUAAGUUUCAUAGUGGGUGUAUAUUGCCAUGGUUGGAGCUUCAUAGUUCUUGUCCAGUUUGUAGGUAUCAAAUGCCUGCUGAUGAAUCCAAGCUUGAGUCUGAAAGGUCUAGGAACAGCAGUAACCCAAGGGAAACCGAGCAUAACAGUAGUAGUGAUCAUGGUACCAGUGAAGAGGUAGAUGGGGAAGGGAGAAAUGAGAGUGGCAGAAGGUUUUCAAUCCGAUGGCCUUUUAAUGGUUUGUUCUCUUCCUCGAGUUCUCACUCCGGGGGUAACAAUUCAACCUCAAGCUCAGGUUCUCAAUCUGGAAAUGCUUCGCAAUCAAAUGAGAAUUGAGUAUAUUAUAUAUGUUGUUGUAUAAGCUUUUUGUUGUGUAUGUUGCUUGAAUGUUAUGCCUUUGUCUAUGUGUACAUAUGGUAUUUUACUUGCCGAAUUCGAAAUUUGGAAGAACAUAUAGUGUUGUCAUCUGCCUAUGCUUUUGUAGAUUUUUGUUGCCUUAGAGAAGAAAUCAUGCUGCUACUAUUUUAUUUCCAUUUCCUUGCAAAUAUGUAAGUUAAUUCUC